UCUUGUCCAGAACUGCUAGUCACUUUCUGCUGUCAUCUGAUUUUCUUGCCCAGUUUCCCGUCCUUCCUUCCACAGAGAGACAAGCUAGAGCCAAAUGGGAAACAGAGUCUCUCUCUAGCAGCCAGCUUUUCUGCUUCGGAGGUUUUUUUCCAGGAGAGACAGGAACCAGAAGCCCUACGGGGGAACAGCCCCCCGACCUUCCAGUCAAGCAGCCCUGAUAAGUAUGCAGCCCAUGCCUGGAGACCCACAGACAAGCCCGGCCACAGUCAUGGCCAACAGGACCGACACCUCUGUCCCGUUCACCAGCUAUGAGUAUUACCUGGACUACAUAGACCUCAUUCCUGUGGAUGAGAAGAAGCUGAAAGCCAACAAGCAUUCCGUCGUCAUCGCCUUGUGGUUGAGCCUAGCUACUUUCGUGGUGCUUCUCUUCCUCAUUCUGCUGUACAUGUCCUGGUCAGGAUCCCCACAGGUGAGGCACAGUCUCCAGCCCCAGGAAUUAUGUCCAUGGACUCACGGCUUCAACUUCCCCCUGUGCCUCCGGAGAGCCUCCCUGCAGACAACAGGGGAUCCAGGAAGUAGAGCUGGCACUGACCAGUGGUUACAGCAGCAGAGUCCUUCUGCCUCAGCCCCUGGGCCCCUGGGUCUCCCCUAGGACUAGAUUCAGGAUUGGGGGGGGGGGGUCCCAGGGCAUCAGCUGACCUCACAUACAAGCAGUGGUGGUGAGCCUGGAGACAGAACUUCUCAACUGUAGAACUGAGUAUGCCAGAGAGCCAGUCAUGCUCAAGCAAACCUGUGAACUCAAAUUAACCCGGGCAGCUACGUCUUUUUAAGGCCAUUUACAAUGGCCUUGAAUAUAGCAGGAAACUGACCGGGACAAAACCAAGUUUACAAAGAGGACCAUCACACACAUUACUAGUAUGGCUAGGAUGGAGAAGCUGCCAUAGACACAGCAGAUUCUGUUGCGCAUGCUUAGCCUGCUUGCUGCUUACACUUGCUUUGGGAUGCAUAGAAGAAUAAACCGUGAAUUAGGAUAAAGAAA